AUGAGCGCUGAUAACAAAAUCUAUGCGACGCUUAUCCCGAACAACACAAUAGCCACUUUGGUGGCACAUCCCCAUGUUUUUGACAUGAAAGAAGGUCCAUUCAUCCGCUUUGCUCCAACUAUUGAAGAAGGCGAAGAACAUUUGUGUCACUCCUACAGAGCAGAUGUCAGUUGUAUUGAAUCUCAGAUUUUCUUGAUGAAUUUUGGAUCGGCGUCGGGCUUAAAACCCAAGACAGAAGGGGCUUAUACUGGUAACCUGGAAAUAAACGGUGGUGAUUAUGUGCAUUCACGAGCAAGAGUGACAUCAAUAAAGCCCAGCUAUGUAAUCGGUAGAGAUUCCGAUGCACAUGAUGUAGAUGUCGAUUGUGCUUUUUGUUUGAUUUUUCAAAUGACAACCGCAGGUGAAACUCCAUUGCUUUUCGAAUCAGAUACUACAGUUGAUAAUUCGCACUUUUCCGUGACCAGCUAUGGCUAUCCAUGGACGUUUGACUAUUCACCAUGGAAUUCGGAUUGUUUAACGCUACGAUACUCGCAUCCAGAUCAACACCAAUAUGAUUAUAUCGAAUUUUUGUUGACGAUUGACGUACUAGUUGGAGGAACUCUUGUUGUGGACGGUUUUUUUCGAACUGGUCAAGCGAUCCCAUCGGAGCAUUGGGAGAUUACACCUGAAUACUUCGAUGAGAAUAUGGACUAUGGCUUCAAUAUCUACGGGACCUCUAUUGAGUUUAAUUGGUCCCCCGACGAUAAAAGUGACAAACAUGGUUUCAUCGCUACUCUAGAACCAGGACACCAAAAUGCAGUAGCGUAUAUCGAUUUUCGUUGGGCAAUGUUGGAGACACUAAAUGAGAAUCCAAAUGUCGAUUACCUCCUUCCAAUGAUCGUUGAGCCAUCAGAGAAACCCCUUUGGAUCAGUUUUUCCCUAAAUGCCGAAGAAACCUGGUUUACAAUAUUGGAGAAAUUACAUUCGGAACACAACGAUAAAAAUUGUUCCUAUGAGCUUUGGUAUGGAGCUGCUCCAAAUACACGACCAAAUGUGGUUGAAGAAAACAGAAAAUUGUUGAUGUUUAGAGACGAAGAACCUUUUCACGAGCAAUACCUUGACUCAAGCAUCUUCAGUGUUUUUAUUCCACCGAAUUGCGCGCCGACUAUUUUGUUUCGAUCAAAUCGUGAUUUGAUUCAAGGUAAUGAGACGACGAAGUGGCAAAGAACAUGUUCCGGUACUCAUGCAUUUAUCAGUCGACAUUUUGCUGGUUUUGGACGCGAGAUCGAAGAGGAAUACUUUUUUUCGAGAACACUUUAUUGUGGUGAAUUUCAUCGGGCUCUAGUUGCUUUGUGGUUAAUGAAUGUCAAGACAUUUAUUGUUCAAAUAUUAAAU